AUGUUGAAGAGAAAUAUUAAGGGCGUGGAAAAAAGUGUAGAUGAAAUAUUGGCGACCAUUGAAGAUAUGAAAGAGGCAACCAAAGCACUGAAAGAUUCUAAAACGGUACAGGAGGACGAGUUGCAAGAACUGCGAGCGCUUCUUACAAAAACCAAAGCUGAGCUAAAGGAGGAGAGAGACAAAGUUAUAGAGCUGGAAGAUUAUACUCGGCGUGAGAAUCUAAACUUUCACAAUAUCCCAAAUUCAUCAGAAGAAGGUGUUAACCACUCGAAAACAAACACAGACCGAUCAUUGCUCGCUUCGUUUGCCGAGAAGACAGAGACCAGGUUUUUGCCAGGAAGAAGAGAAUUAAAGAGAGCACAAGGUUCAAGGACGCUUACAUAA